AUGUCUGGUGGCAUCCUCUGCAUCUCUGGAGGUUCCCUCCUCCUGCUGGUGAACAACUAUGGCGACAGCUUGGUGCCCUCCACCCCUCUGGGCCUGGUGCUGCUCAUCUUGGCGGGACUCUUGGCUCUCACAGGUCUGUCCCGCCCCCUCGCCUGCCCUGGAGCCGCUGUAGGACUCCUCCUCUCUCCCCCUGCAGGUUCGGGGCAGGACCAACUCUGGACGUGUCUGUGUCUGACCAUCUCAGCGCUGUGGUCUGGCUCAGGUGUGCUCUACCUGCUGAGAGGCCUGGGGGUCCUGGAGCCCAGCCAGCUGAGCUCUGCCCUGCUUCCUGCUCUGGCAGCCGCCACCGUAGCUCUCUUCAGCAUCGGCAGCGUGGCGCUCGCCACCAAGAAGCUGCUGCCGUCGCUCAUCGCUGUCGCCGUUGGCUUAGCUUGCGCUCAUCAGGUGGCAGGUCUGACCGCGGCGGACUUUGGUCAGACGGCGUCAGCCGCCAACUACUUGGUGGUCAGUUUGGUGGGGGGCUACUGCGGCUUGGGCCGUCUCAUGAGUGCCAUCACGCAGGGGGCGGCGCAGCUCCCUGGGCCUGGAGUGAGAGUGCAGACUGGGCAGAACGCGGCGGCGGCAGCGGCAGUGGGCGCAGCUAUGAACCUGCUGUCGGCCUCAGUGGUGGCGUGUCCUCUGCUGGGCCUGGUGCCUCAGCUCUCGGUGGCUCACGGGCCCUGGCUGUGCACCGCCGGCCUCUUCCAGAGCAGCAUGUGCGUCCUGAGCUACAGAGCCAUGGACCCACUGGCUGCCACCUCUCUGGGCUUCACGUCUGUGCUGAGGUUUGCAGAGGGCUACAGCGCCCUCUCCGGGUCCUGCCCACCCGCCGCCCCGCUGGCCGUCUUUUCGCUGCUGUUCUUGGUGCUGGCCGUGUGUGGCUGCCACAGGAGCCUGCUGGACGCAGCAUGUCAGCUGCUCUUCUCCAGCUACUGCAUCGCUGCUGCGUCACAGAGGCAAGGCUUCUUCCACAGCAGCGCUCAGAGCGUGCAGGCGGCCAUAUUUGUAGUCUCUGUCGCCAUGUUAGCGGUGCGCUUGGCUGAAGCGGCCUCCGCUAAGCCGCUUGGAUCAGGGCAGAGCAUCUUCAAGAGGCUGGCUUCACACGUGCGAGGGCUCCAGCGUCACGCUCCAGACCUGGGCUACUCCAAGUAUGCAGAUGCUGAGCUGCUGGGCCACGGCUGCAGCGUUGCAGCGGCGUCGGCGCUGGCGCUAGCAAGCCACCAUGGCCCGGGCCUGCCUUGGCUGGCCAUGGCCGCUACACUCCAGCUGCUCGCCGGCGCCGUGGCUUUCUCUCGAGGUAAAACCUUCGAGAGCACAGUCUUCAUCUUUCACGGGGUGAUGUGGCUCACCUGGGGGUGGACACGCUGCGCGGCUCAGGACGCCCAGGUCAGAGGCUUCAACGUGGCCGCUGCCUUCAUUUGCUUCAUGCUGUUUGACGUGUUGGUGGCAGCGGCCGCCACACUGCUCAGCGCCGCCUGGUUUGCGUCUGCCAUGGCCUCUCAGCUGGUGGUUGCCAGCUUCGUGCUGGACGCCCUGGACGCUCAGCCUCGCGGCUUCGACACCGCGGCCUCCGUCAUCUUUGGUCUGGUUAGUUUCUACUGCUUCGUGGCUCAGCUUUUCAACAGCACCUUCACGUCCCCUCGGGUCCCUCUCGGGGAACCGCUAGUCAAACUGGCCGGUGUCCGAGCGGCCAAGACCUGCCCACACCUGCCGGCCAACAGGGCCACGUCUGUGCAGCAGGUUGCAGACAUCAUGAAGAGGGGCGGAGUCUGCGGGAUCCCCACCGACACCGUCUAUGUGCUGGUGGCUGCGUGCAACAGGCCCGAGGCCGUGGCCAGAGCGUUCAGUGUGAAGAAGCAGGCUCAGGCCCGACCCAUGUCCCUGUGGCUCUCCUCCAUCAAGCAGCUGGACCCUGUCAGGCACCUGCUCAGCCCCUUGCUGCUGGACUUCAUGGAGGCCGUGUGGCCCUCCUCCAUCAGCGUGGUGGUGCCCAGAGGUCCGUGGAUGGAAACCUUGGGAUUAGGGGAAGCUGCCCAACACGUGGGGACUCAGCAGAGUGUUGCCAUCAGGAGCCCCGACUGCAGCGUCGCCACACGUCUUCUGAGCCAGGUUGGACCCAUCGCCGUCACCUCAGCAAACCCGACCGGAGAAGCCGACACGACUCACCACAACCAAGUUCACGCCAAACUGGGCCACAAGGUGGACGGUGUUUUGUGUGACGGGCCCUCGCCGCAGAACAUCGCCUCCACUGUGGUGGACUGCACCAGGAUCGAAUCAGGACACAUCGCCUUCUUCAGAGUGGGUCGCAUCCCCAAAUCCAAGGUGCUGCACAUUUUCGCCCAGGUGCAGAAGAAGCACAGGUGUGGGCGGACAAAUCCGGCUUUUGAAAACCAUCCAGCAGAAGAGAGAAGGUGA